AUGGGCCAGCACGAUGCACAAAAGGUCUUGGACACCAUAACUAGGCUCCAGUCAACUCAAGAAAUCUCCAUCAUCAAACUCAGUGAACCCAUCUCAAAUUCAAAGCCUCAAGAUGCACGACAACGCACUUCAGAUGCGUCGAACUCAGCAUUUGACGCACCAACUCCUGCAAGCUUAACAGCAGACCUCGCCCACUACAAGGAACUAUUCGCCAAGUUACGGUUUUCCUAUGUGCAACAAGUCACAAAGGAGAAAUUCAUCCGAGCCAUCGUUGGCGACCCGCCUAUGAUUGUCACCAUGGAAGAGAAUCUGGAGCUUGAGAAGGAGAAUAUGGUUGUCAAGAAGCAACUUAAAGAACUAAAGACCGAAGUCGCGGAUAUGGUGACCGAUCUUGAGAGACGAGGUAUCGAACUGAGCAAAAAGUAUGAGAGUGUGCAACUCGAAACAACCAGAUUGCGCGAGAUGCCCGAUAAGAUCCAAGAACUGGAAGAGAGGAUUGAGACGCUACGCGAAGAGCAAGAGAUGCCAGAAGGAACCAGCCCCAGCAUGAACUUGCCCCUGGCCAAAACACAAGAUUUGGUCAACCAACGAAAACUCGAACAGCAGGAGCUCGCGCGAGAACUAGAGUCCCUACAAUCCAAGGUCCCCCGUAAGAGAAAGGAAGCCGACAGACUUCGCAUUGAACUUCAGCCUCUCGAGAACAAGCGCCAGAACAGCGCGACUGCCGCCCGUGAGGCGAGGAGGAGAAAGGAGGCGGCUUUGGGCGGUGCAGCAGACGACCUGGAAGAAAGAGCCCGCUGGUGGAGAGCCAGUGAGGGUGUAUUGACCCAGGUGUUGGAUAUCAAGAACUAA